AGCUAACGGGACCCGGAGAGCAGACCGGAGGACACUCAAUUACAGCCUCCGUGCCAGCCAGCCUUUUCUUUUUUUUCUGUGUGCCAAAACGCGCACUUCUCCGCUCCGUUUGAGGACAUUUACGGCGUGCGUAAACGCGCAAUUACGCCUUGCGAUGGACUCCUUUUGUUCCGGCGAGAAAAAGACCAGUAAAGCAGUAAAACGGGAACCAUCCGGUGGAAAUACUAUCUGAUAACUCCAUUUGCAGCUUGUUGCCAGAGCUCGAGCCCCCCCUCCCCUCUCUCUCCACCUUCAGCAAAGGGUUUUUCUGCGGAGCUGGAGGCCGACCGCGCGCGACAUCCAGCUUUUUUUUUUUUUUUUUUUUUUUAACCUGUACUUUUUGGGACUGUUGUCGCGUACCUGUUUACCUGCCAGACGUUUAACUUUACAGCCAUUACGCUCAAAAGAGACAAACGAGGGACAAUGGUGAACCCCGGAGGCAGCAGCCAGCCACCGCCGGUGGGCACAGGCUCUCUGUCCUGGAAGCGGUGCGCAGGGUGCGGGGGCAAAAUCGCAGACCGUUUCCUCCUCUACACCAUGGACAGCUACUGGCACAGCCGGUGCCUCAAGUGCUCCUGCUGCCAGGCCCAGCUGGGCGAAAUCGGCACGUCGUGCUACACAAAAAGCGGCAUGAUCCUCUGCAGAAACGACUACAUCAGAUUAUUUGGAAACAGUGGCGCCUGCAGCGCUUGUGGUCAGUCCAUCCCGGCCAGCGAGCUGGUGAUGAGGGCGCAGGGCAACGUGUACCACCUCAAGUGUUUCACAUGUUCCACCUGCCGGAACCGGCUCGUCCCCGGAGACCGGUUCCACUACAUCAACGGCAGCCUGUUCUGCGAACACGACAGACCCACAGCACUCAUCAACGGCCAUUUGAGUUCACUGCAGACAAACCCACUACUGCCCGACCAGAAGGUGUGUUAGGCGGGAGCCGUGCAGGAAGCAGGAUGUGUGCCUUCAUUUUAGCCCUUACUCAUCGUCACCUGAGACAGCGUGGAUCAGCAGCACCCCGGCCUUUUAGCUGUGCUCCCAGGCCCUCCGCCCCAAAGGAACCCUCCACCCGCCCCACCAGUCACCUGACUUUUAUUUCUGCAGCCCAUACCCAACGCUCAGCCUUCGACCUUGGCUUUUCCCCAAAUACGGGAGGAUACUUGCACUUAAUGCACCUGAAAAGGGACGCUGAGGACUCCGUGACCUUGGAAUUAAAAAAAAAAGGCGACUCCGAGGGGACUCUUGAGGAAGAGAAAAUUGAAAAACACAUACGAGGAUGUUGUGAGGGGGAAGAGACUAACGAUGUGGAAGAGAUGCAGGCUUUUCAACUCUGCAUAUUUGUUUAAAGACAUUUUGGGGGAAAACCUGGGACCUUUUCAUUUUUCCUCUCUUCCUUUUCUAUCCUCAUUUCCCAACAACAUGGUGUUUCCACUUUAUAUAUUUUAAGUGUUGUCAAAGGGGAAUGUGUUUUUUUUCUUUGGUGGUAUAUAUAGAAAAAGAUGGGGUUUAAAAUUUUAAAAAAAAUCUGUGGCUUUUUGUGGAAAAACAAAUCAUGAACACUCUUCUUGGUGUAUUUGUAAAACUACCAUGUAUGUACAGUAUGCAUGUAAAUGUCGUUGUCCCGGCGUGGCUACAGUACAUCCGACCCUCCGCACCCCCCCCC